UACCAACACUAGUGAUUCCCCCUGCAAUGCGAGAGAGAGAGAUCAGCAAUGGGACAAGAAACGCCAGCAGGAGGAGAGAGAGAGGGAAUAAGAUGAGUUCCUCCGCAGACCACUAGCAGCCUGCCCGAGAAGUAAACAGCGCUCAUCUGCCUCAUCCAGUCGUGCACCAAAUCCUGUUGUGAUAGUUGUGCUUUCAGACCAGUUUCUGCCCCUGUCCCUGAGGACAAUGUCCUUGACCUCCGUAACUAUCAUUCUGACCUUUACCCUCUCUGUGACCUGCCUGCCAGCGGACAUAGAGAAGGGAAGGAGAAGGGUGGUGCAUGUGCUCGAGGAUGACACCGGUGCAGUGAUUGUGCAGACGGCUCCCGGUAAGGUGGUGACCCAUCGGGGCGGCUCAAUUACUCUACCUUGCAGGUACCACCACGAGCCAGAGAGCACCGACCCUUCCCGCAUCCGCAUCAAAUGGACCAAGGUGACGGACGCACUGAAAUUUGAGGACGUCUUUGUGGCACUUGGAAGGCAGCAGCGUACAUUUGGGUCGUACCGAGGCCGGGUUUUUCUGGAGCAGGCAGGACCUUGCGAUGCCUCGGUGAUCAUCCGCAACAUCACACUGGAGGACUACGGACGCUACGAGUGUGAGGUCACCAACGACAUGGAGGACGACGCGGGAUUUGUCAACCUUGACUUAGAAGGGGUGGUCUUUCCCUACUACCCUCAUGUAGGGCGCUACAAGCUCAACUACCACCAGGCAGAGGAUGCCUGCAAACAACAGGACGCAAUCCUGGCGUCCCACUCCCAACUGCAUAAGGCUUGGAUGGAAGGUUUAGACUGGUGUAAUGCCGGCUGGCUGGACGAUGGCUCAGUCCAGUACCCCAUCUCCCACCCCAGAGAUCAGUGUGGUCGAAAGGACACCCCCGCUGGUGUACGCAACUACGGCUACCGGCACAAGGAGGACGAGCGCUAUGACGCCUUCUGCUUUACCUCCAACCUGAAUGGCAAAGUCUACUUCCUGAAGCGUUUUAAGAAGGUCAACUACGCGGAGGCGGUGAAGGCAUGCAUUCGCGAUGGCUCAGUGGUGGCCAAAGUGGGUCAGCUGUAUGCUGCCUGGAAGAUCCAGUUGCUUGACCGCUGUGAAGCUGGCUGGCUGGAGGACGGCAGCAUCCGCUAUCCCAUCGUCAAUCCCCGCUCCCGGUGUGGAGGGCCCCAGCCAGGGGUCAGACACCUGGGCUUUCCUGAUAAGAAAUUCCGGCUCUACGGGGUCUUCUGUUUCCGCAAGAGAAAGGACGAGGGUACCAAUGGUGCUCUAACGACAUGGCACCCCGCGGAGAGCUCCACGAGGAAGAAAAGCAGCGACAUCGGCUCAAUGAAUGCCACCAAAGUGAUUUAAGACAGCGAUACAGAGAGCAAGAGUGGGGGGGCUCUAUUUUAGAUUUUACUGCAACAACUGUCACGUAGCAGCCAGACUCCAUUCAUCGCUUUUAAAUCUUAACACUCAAAGACAAGAGUGUUCGUUUGCAGAUUUGCCGUAGAGUGGUAGCGAGGCCAUGCAAAAUUAAGGGUGACAUCUUUAUUAGGGUGGUUUUCCAUUUGUCUCCACAAAGUAGAGUAUCUUAGAGUGAGUGUGUGUGUGUGUGUGUGUGUGUGUGUGACUGCAUCCAUCAGCUGCAAAUGGGCAGUUAAACAGCAGCUUGAUCCGAACUCAGGCACACGUUGGUAUGGUGAGCCCGUCAAUAUUGUCUUUGUUUACAUUUGUGUGUGUGUGUGUGUGUGUGUGUGUGUGGGGGGGGGUUGGACCACAUGGUGUGUGGAGGACCCCGUGUCAUUCUCAUGCGGUCUCCGAGUUAAAGGGCCCAAGAAUCUGAGCCAGGAUCACAAUGCCAGUGAGAAAAUAUUCCUUUGUGUGUGAAAAUGAAUGCUGUCGGACUGCAUGGAAAUACUCAAAGAUGCCCUUCAAGUGAUGACUGUGAUUGCAGUUUCUCUGUAUGCUGAUGCCAUGCUUGGUUAACAGCCCUUUGGCAUAAUACAAUAUUGAAAUGUGACCCAUUUUUCUCAUUGACUUGGACAUCGCAACCCUAUCAUUAGAGCUGAACAGGCCAAAUAGCAAAUGUUGCACUUGCUCUAAGAUAUUUGCACUUAUUUAUAGACAUCUAUAUUUUAAGAUAGUAGUCUAAGUUAAAAUCAAGUAGGCAUGCGAUAUUAAGAUGAAAAUAGUUGCCGGAGCUUACAAAAUAGAUAUGCAAAACCUGCUGCAAUAACUGCUAAUUUACCUCAUAUUCUGUAUUUCUUUGUUGCCUAAGCCACCAGUUGCACUAUACAUAUUAAAUAGCACAGUCUUAAUGAGAUAAAACAAUGCAAUUACCUUUAUUAUGGAAUGUGUUUACAGUUGCAACUACAGAAUGAAUGAUUUUGUGUAUGUUCAGGAACAAAAGGAAGAAUAUGAAAAAAAAAACAAAUAAAGCCUUGGCAUUGGUUGAUGAUUUAAAACAUGCAAAUGUAUUUGGGGUUCUGUCCUUUUCUGCAUGAAUAAAUUGAUAUUGAAAUAUUAUUUUUAAAAAUUGUGUCCCAAAAAAAAAAAGAAAUGUUAUGAAUUUAUGUUAUGUUACUGGUAUCAUUUUAAAAGUAGUACACUUUUUUUUUUUUAGCUUUGUACAAUCAUUUUAGAGGAGGGGGCACUUUAGUUGGAUCACGGAUUUGCUAUAAAACAAAUCUAAUCUCUUUAUAUAUAAUCAAUGCUCCAUUAUGUCUUAACCUUUGAGCGUCUGCGUGCAAGUGGAACUGUUGAACGGUGCUCUGGGUGGGAAGUAUUUUGGUGCUGCGCCAAAGCA